AUGAACUCUCAUCGAUCACAAUCUGAGUACAGACUUUUGCCUGACGAUGAGCACAACAAUGUGCGUGACCCAGUCUGUGCUCGUUGUCAAGAACCAAUUUCCGGGAAAUGUUCUUCAAGAUGGAACUCAAUAACGAAAUUUCUUCUCAUCUUUGGGCUCUGCCAAGUGCCUGUUCUCUUGCUCGGCUUUCUUGCUUUACCGCGGUUUCAAAGUAAGCCCCAAGGGACAAUGGGAAGUGAAGACAGCAGCGGAUACCUUGCCCUCAAAAAAUACAGUUCCAUCAAGAGUCCUUAUAACAUUGUCGACGCUGCAGAUGCAUCACCAGAAGCUGAUGAAUUUGGAACGAACUUAAAAAAUGACGACGGUAUAGUCGCAGUAGACAGCCAAUGGGCACGGCAGAGAAAUCUUCCACAUACUGUUUCACAUCCCCAUAAGCCUGAUCUGCAAGUAUAUCAGCUGAAUGUGUUCCAUUCCCUGCACUGUCUGUAUCGCAUUAGGAACCGGCUAAUUUCAAAGAUUCCGCUCGAGAAGUGGCCGCGGAAUGACAUACACACGAUGCAUUGUGUAGACCACCUAAGAAAUGAUUUGAUGUGCAAUAUUGACGUUUCACUCUCUGGAUCAGCUGGGUUUGUCUCUUUCAAUGUUCAUGGUCAUGAUCGGCAAUGCAGAGACAUGACCGCGGUACAGAAAUGGGCUCUUGAACAUAGCUGGCCCGGCUACAAGAGCUUUCUGGAGGACGUUGUUGGAUACGACGCAGAUGAGGCCGAACGUGUGAACAUGGCCGUCGCUGGGCAAGGCAAAUGGAAUAAGGCAAACAGCACUCAUGACAAAGAGACUGGUAAGAUAGAUGUUUGGUUUGAAGAAACAUAA